CACAGGUAUCCAUUUAGCAAGCAAGCAAGCAAGCAAGCAAGCAAGCAAGCAAGAAUAAGUUUUAUCCUCUGAGCCACCCGGUUACCCAAGAGAAAAAUGUUGUCAGUCCGCACACCCCUCGCUACCAAGAAUGAGAAUGUCGUCUCUGCACAAAUGAGCAAAGUCUGUUUGAAGGAAGACAAGGAAAAUACGCCGCCUUCUUUGAGUAGUACUCGGAUCUUAGCCAGUAAAACCGCCCGCAAGAUUCUGGUGGACGCCGAUGUAUCACUGAAAUCAGAAACGGAUCACUCGAAUUUAAACGAUGAGCCUUUACUGAAAGAGAAUCCGCGCCGUUUUGUUAUCUUCCCCAUACAAUACCACGACAUCUGGCGGAUGUAUAAAAAAGCAGAGGCGUCUUUUUGGACGGCAGAAGAAGUUGACCUUUCUAAAGAUCUCCAACACUGGGAGUCCCUGAAACCUGAAGAGAGACACUUCAUUUCUUAUGUACUGGCAUUCUUUGCAGCAAGUGAUGGCAUUGUAAAUGAGAACUUGGUGGAACGUUUCAGUCAAGAAGUGCAAAUAACUGAAGCUCGUUGUUUCUAUGGAUUCCAAAUUGCUAUGGAAAAUAUUCACUCUGAAAUGUACAGUCUUCUUAUUGAUACUUACAUCAAGGAUCCUAAGGAGAGGGAGUAUCUGUUCAAUGCAAUUGAAACUUUACCUUGUGUGAAAAAGAAGGCUGACUGGGCACUGCGUUGGAUUGGUGACCGUCAAGCAACAUUUGGAGAACGAGUCGUAGCAUUUGCUGCUGUCGAAGGAAUAUUUUUCUCUGGCUCCUUUGCUGCCAUUUUUUGGUUGAAGAAACGAGGAUUAAUGCCCGGGCUAACAUUCUCCAAUGAGCUGAUCAGCAGAGAUGAGGGUCUACACUGUGACUUUGCCUGUCUUAUGUUCAAGCACUUGGUGCACAAACCUUCAGAAGAAAGGGUACGGGCAGUCAUUCGGGACGCUGUCCAAAUUGAGCAGGAAUUUCUGACAGAAUCUUUGCCAGUGAACCUGAUUGGGAUGAACUGCACCUUAAUGAAACGUUACAUUGAGUUUGUAGCUGACAGACUGAUGUUGGAACUGGGUUUUAGGAAGAUCUACAAAGCAGAGAAUCCAUUCGACUUCAUGGAGAAUAUCUCACUGGAGGGCAAAACCAACUUUUUUGAGAAGCGAGUUGGCGAGUACCAGAGAAUGGGUGUGAUGGCUAAUACAGCUGACAAUUCAUUCACACUGGAUGCAGACUUUUAAAAGGACCUAGAGAAUUGCAUACGUCUGCAAAACUAUGGGGCACAAAACUUGAGUCUGUAGUCCUGCAUAUCACUGACUACAUUUGGCUAAUCGCCUGUAUGAUCUAUUUCAACUAGAAUUGCACAUUAUGUUAACGGGUUCCAAGAAAAAGGUGGGAGGUGUUUGCAUUACUUCUGAACAUUUUAGUGUGAAAUUGCACGGUUUACAACAGUCAACUACAUUGCACCGGCAUUUUAGUGUAAUUUUUUUUGGUUGUGAGUCACUUAUUUCAGCAACCAGCUCUUUUGUUUCAUAAACAUUUGCAAUAGUUUUAAUGUACAUAUUUUAAUGAAAAUGCACUUUCUAAAUAAAAUUCAAACUUUUUUA